CUGAAAUAACAAUCUAGUAACUCGAAACCGAUAAUAUUUCCUCCACUCUAUUCUUAACUAUCAAUAAUUUUAUAUAACUAAAGAUGGCCUACGCCAGACCACUUGGACAGACAUUCAACCAGCUCAAUCUCAACAUGUACCGUCUGCCCGACGGGCAGCGCGGCGCACUGAGAUCUACGAGCCUGGCCCUGGCGCGUGAAGCAUCGCGCGAGGAGAGCCAGCGACUCGGCAGCGACCGCAGCGGCCACUUCAAUCCCUUCAAGGGCAUCAAGCGACUGUACUCAGGCCUGCGCAGACACCACUCGCGCUCGUCAGAUGAAGAGACCACACUGCGCAAAUUCUACUCGACACCGCUCGAUGGCAGGGGCUCAAACAUUUCGCGACCAUCACUGUCCGGCGGAACCCUGAUCCACCCCAGCAAGACUACACAAAUUAGUGCUAUGCGGCGCGGUAGCGAUUGCAAUUCAGACACCGUAGUGGUAUUGGCUGAUGAGGCAAGCAGGUUGUCACCGUCAAAUUCGCCCACGCGGCCGCCAAAGCGCGUGCGUUUUUUGAACAGCGAUCCGGAAGUUGUCAAUACGUACUCGCCCGAGGAAUAUGACCGCCGUGUUGAUGAUCCCUGGGAGCUGCUGACUAAGAGCGGCCGCGACAAUAUGCGCCAGGAGAUGCACCAUUACACGUCGAAGGAGAUGGAGCUCAACGAGGUCUACAACACGAACGACUCGCAGUACUGCACAUUGUGCUGGCGGAAGCACUGCCAUUGUCGCGCAAUAGCAAAGGACAUUUGGAGGCGCGACAGGUCUGCGUCGAUGGUUCAUGCUGGUGCUUGAAAAAAUAACAGUUGUGGUCCCGAAUCCACCUAAUUAUUUAAACCCUCACUUGUACUUUUUAAUUUUACCACAGAUACUUGCCGUCGCAUCACAGAGCAGCGGGUACUCUCUCCGCCUAAUACCUAAUAUCUCUCAUUUUUCCGACAAUUUUAAAAUUUGUAAAUAUAUUUUUCUGUUAUUGACCUUGUUUU